AGUAUGCUUCGUGAUCUCUGCCUCCACUUGUGAUAAAUGUAAAACAUUUUUCGCAAAGUUCCUUUUUUUUUCUUGUCGUUCUUCAUUUAACCCGUUCAUGUGAAUUAGUGGUUUUCCAUUGAGGCAAUUUGUAAUGGGCAACGCAUCAGGUAAACAUCAAUUGAGAGAUCGCCCAAGAAAGAACGUACACUGGAAAUCCGCAGAACCUCCAGCUGCCCCGGGAAAACCAAUCCUUGUCCCUUCUGACCCAGACACCUCACCGGAUAUUGUUACAAUUCGCUGGGAUAAACCCCUAAGUGAUGGUGGAGCACCAAUUUUUGGCUACCUCGUUGAACGUCGCUGCACUGGCUCACCACACUGGGUACGAGCCACUCCAGGACUCAUCCCCGGCACUGAAAUUCAAUUGACCGGCCUUGAACCCGGCUGGCGGUACCAAUUUCGCGUUUCAGCCGAAAAUAUUGUAGGCCUCUCACCACCGAGUGAGCUAUCGGACGGCCUAACAGUCACACUUCAACGUACGGCCAUAAGUGUACCACGCUUCGUGAAGGAAUUGGCGGAUUGUAGUACAAUUGAGAAUGACCGUGUGGAGUUUCAGGUGCAAAUCACGGGGACACCACCACCGGAUAUAAAUUGGUUUAAGGAUGGCUUUGAAAUUUUCAGUAGUCGUCGCACGAAGAUACUCACAGAAAAUGACACGAGUCUACUCGUUAUUCAUCAAACUGCAAUCACUGAUGAAGGAGAAAUUAAAUGUACAGCAACAAAUAGGGCAGGUCAUGUGGUGACACGGUGCCAACUAAAGGUCGAAGCUCCUCCGAAGAUUCGUCUUCCACGCCAGUACGAGGAGGGGAUCCUCAUUGAGGCAGAUGAGGUACUUCGGUUGAAAGUUGGCAUAGCUGGUCGUCCACCGCCCAGUGUGGCAUGGCUGAGGAAUGGCGAAGUACUCGGGAAUGAUGAUCGCCAUGAAAUUGUAACAACAGACAAGAAUUCAUCGCUAAAAAUUACAAAUUGCCGUCGUAGCGAUCGUGGGGAGUACAAUGUGAGAGCCACAAAUAAAUUCGGCGAUGAUGCUGCAUCCUUCCUCGUAACCGUCACAUCACGUCCUGGCUGCCCAGGUAGAGUUGCAUUUUCAAUGUCCGUGGGAAAGUCCGUGUCACUGGCAUGGACCUCUCCGGAGGAUGAUGGUGGAUGCAAGAUUGGAAAUUAUGUCGUUGAGUACUACCGGGUGGGAUGGAAUGUUUGGUUGAAAGCCACAACAACGAGGCAACUAUCGACAACGCUCAAUGAUCUAAUAGAAGGGAGUGAAUACAAAUUUCGCGUAAAGGCGGAAAACCCCUAUGGGAUGUCGGAGCCGAGUGAGGAAUCGGAUGUACUAUUUAUUCCAGAUCCCAAGAGAGGCAUCACAAAGCCAACGAGUUCGAGUGAUACUAGUGUAUUUAUUGAUGAUCAACGCCCUACGAUAAUUCCACGACGAAAGCACACACCCACACCCUCAGCAGCCCCAUCGAGUCAAUCACUCGACAGUCCCAUGAGCAAAUUGACACGAAUGGUGGACAAGAGUGAGCAGACCCACGUGGCACGACUCAAAAUUCAACGACCUACCCUAAACAUUCAACUAAUACCUCAAGUUUUUGAUUCCGAAUCGAUAGCAAGGGAUAUUUCCUAUGGAACUCCCGAUCCCAGUUCCAUGGCAAUGCAAAAGAAGGAAUCAUCUCCUUCGAUGCAAAAGGAUAAAUCCCCAUCAAGGCUACCGGAAAUACAACUGAAUGCACCCCAAGAGCUUCCGAGAACAAUGCAAAAGGCAAGAGAAUUGUCUCCACGACCGCAGCAGGAACUGAAGAUCGCCCCCAUCAUGGAGAAAAUUCAACAAGAUAAACCAAAUUUGCUAAAUCAACCAAAAGAAGAGACAACACCGAAGAUUUCAAUUAAAACCCAAAAUAAACAGAUUGUGGAGACACGUGUUGAUGAGAGUGCAAAGAAACCACCACCACCUGUUAGUGAAUCUGUGCCAGUGAAUGAAAUGCAAAAAUCAUGGAAGAGCCUCGAAGUUGCUCAUCAUGAUGCCAGUGAUGCCAUUCACAGCAGUGGAGAAUUCGUUCUUGUCCUAUACGACGACAAGGAUCCAUCAAAAAGGACAUCAAAACAACAAUCCUUUGAUUUUGAGACAGAGGAAGUACUUCUACCGCCGCCAUUGUCGCUCUCAGCACCUGAGCUGUCUUCACAAAUUUCCUACAACACACCUAGUUUAAGACGCGUAGUUAGUUCAACGGAAUUGCUGUAUGAGAAGGCAAUGGCUAAAUUCUAUCAUGCCGUUGAAGCUGAAGAGCAAACACAGAAGACCAAAGAACGUAGUGAAGUUAAACAGAAUUUAAGUAAGAAUAACGAAUUAGCAAAUAGAAGAAGUUCCCUGAAGCAUCGUCUUUCGGGUGAAUUUUCUCUCACAAAUUCAGGUAGUUUUAAGCAAAAUGAUUCCCCAAUGAUGGAAAACCUGGAAAUUCAUUCGCGGGAGGAAGAAAAAGAAGAAGCAACGAAGGAUAUUGAGGAGGAAAAAAUAGUAAAAGCCUCUGAAGAACAAAUUGAGUACACGGAUGAUUACACGGAUAGUACAGCAUCGUCUGAUGAGUCAGAAACGGAGAAGUUCAAGAGAAAAGUCAAGGAGCAUAGAAAUGUUUUCUCAGGUGAUGAAGAAUUGGAGACAUAUCACCCGAGUGGGCGACAGGUGAUUUCUCCCUAUAGCCCACCACCUCCUGAUCAAUCGGCUGAAUUUCUCUCAAAACCAUUUAUUCCUCCAAGUCCGGAUUUUGUACCGAAGCCCAUAUUGAAGAGAAGAAAAUCCGAAGAAGUUGAACCACCACUUCUUAAGCAAGAUGAUAACAUGGAAAAUACCCAGAAAAAUGAUAAGAAACCCUUCUCAAAGAUAUUCGACCUUAAUCCAUUUGCAAAGGAAAAUAGUUCUAGUAAGGAAGAAAAGAGUGCUGAAAAGGAAGAAAUUCCCCCGGAAAAACCUCUAACGGAGAAGGAAUUGAAGAAGAAGAAAAUGUUGGAGGUGAGACAGGAAUCUCUUGAAGAGAUGAAGGUUGUAAUUGAUCACUAUAGUGAUAUUGUGCGGGAAAUGGGAAGUGGACGAAAGCCACCGGGUUCAUCAAUCUAUCUCAGUGCAGAGCAGCUCAAAUUGGCAGCUGAAGCAAGUGAGGAAGAGCAAGAAAUUGUCGAACCAGUGAAAGAAUCACCUCGAGCUUUUUCACCUCGAAAAACUCCGGAGAAAAUCCUCGAAAAAACCCCGGAGAAAACACCUGUGAAAAUGAUAAAAGUGGAAAAUAAUUUAGUAAAAAGCUCUAAAUUGUCCGAAUCGUCAAUUGAGAGUGUACCAGAGAGGAGUAAUGCAAGAAAAUCAUUGAGAAGUCCUUCGAGGGAAAGAAAGGUGAUGAAGGAACAGGAAGAGCCAAGCUUACAAAGCUCCCAACCGAAGCGCAAAGAAAAGAGAGCUCCGUCCAAAACGAGAAAUCGCAGUGAAUCAAAAUCUCCUGCUGCCUUCAAUCGACGUCCCAUGGUACGAAAAGUAAUACCAGAACCUACCCACGUGGCUCCUCCAUCUCAGCCUCCGAGUAAACCCGUGAAAGCUCCCGUAGUUACGCAAACAGAUACAAAUGUUAAAGUAAAAUCAACCAUUAACUACGUAACGGAUCUGGCACUCUUUGUAGUUGCUUGUUGGAUUUAUUUCUUCAAAGAUGCCCGCCUCUGUGUCUUUAUCCUCGCGCUUAUUCUCUACCGACAAAUUGGUGAUAUGCUCAAAGCACAUUUUCCAUCGUGGAUGAAGAAAAAGGAUUAGAGGAGCGGAAGGGGUUUAUGUUUUGUACAUAUUUAUGUAUUUAUUAAUAUGUGGCAACACAUGAAGCAGAGUUAUUAAUUAUAAUUGUUACUUUAUGCAAUUUGUUCUGACAAAUAAAAUUAUAUGCAAAUUACAAGGAAAUAUAA